CAUUGUACAUGUGCAUGUUACUAUACUUUUUGGUAAUGUAUAUGACCAUGUUUGGUAAUGUAAAUGCAGUUGAAUUUUGGGAAUAAACACAUGUCAAUCCACGAAGAUAUAUGCAUCCCUUUCUACUGCCUAAUUUACAGAAAUGCCACCAUUCAUCUUCUCUGCUCUCUCCCGCCGAACGCCGCGCAAUCUCCUCCUUAAACCUCUCUCUUCCGUCCGCCACUCCUCCACCGCCGCCACUAGAAGGACCAAAAGACCCUCCCGUAGCCACGGCGAAUCCAACCCUCCGCUGCUCCCGUUCAAGCAGCUAUCCCACUCUUCUUCGUGGCUCAAUAAAUGGCCGCAUACUGCAGAGCCAUUGCCGUCAACCGGAAAUCCGGUUCCUCCGGGCUCGGGAAUCAGAGUUCCGGACGAGCGGUCGAGAGCAGGGGGCACUUCCAUUGAAAGGAUUGUGCUUCGGCUGAGAAAUUUGGGCUUGGGAUCGGAUGAUGAAGAAGAUGAAGGAGGUGAGGGGAAUGGGGAAGAUAGGUUGGGGGAUUUGUUAAAGAGGGAUUGGAUUAGUCCUGAUUCAAUGCUGGAGUAUGAGGAUGUGAAUGGAGGAUUUCUGCCAUUGGAGGUGAUGGAUGAGAGGGAGAAGGUUGAUGGGGUGAGGAGGAGGACGAGGAAGAGGACGUCAAAGGAAUCCACGUUGGCUGAGCUAACCAUUGGGAAAGAGGAACUUAGAAGGCUAAUAAGACAUGGGAUGACUCUCAAAGAGAAGAUCACUGUACCUAAGGCUGGCGUGACUGGGGCAGUGUUGGAGAAGAUUCAUGAAAAAUGGCGGAAAAAUGAACUCGUGAGGUUGAAAUUUCACGAGGCUUUAGCUCAUGAUAAGAAAACUGCACACAAAAUUGUUGAGCGUCGAACAAAUGGACUUGUAAUAUGGAGGUCUGGAAGUAUUAUGUUGGUGUACCGUGGAAAUAACUAUCAGGGACCUUCUUCAAGAGCAGAACCAAAUAGUAUAGAAGUCAAUAGCCUAUUGAAAAAUGAAAGCGAGAGCUUUAAUCCAGCUGAGGAGAAAAGUAUCCCACUCAACUCUAUCCAAUGUAAGACCAUGACUGCAAAAGAAGCUGAGUUUGACAGGUUGCUAGGCAGUAUAGGACCACGCUAUGAAGAUUGGUGGGGGACAGGAGUACUUCCUAUUGAUGCUGAUUUACUUCCUCAGAUAGUUCCUGGCUACAAAAGUCCUCUCCGGCUUCUUCCUACUAGAAUGAGACAUAGCCUAACCAAUGCAGAAAUGACUAAUUUACGGAAACUUGCAAAAAAACUUCCUUGCCACUUUGCUCUUGGGAGGAAUAGACAUCAUCAGGGUUUGGCAGCUGCUAUAAUCAAGCUCUGGGAGAAAAGUUUAAUUGUGAAAAUUGCUGUGAAGCGUGGGAUCCAGAAUACAAAUAACGAACUAAUGUCUGAGGAGUUGAAGAAAUUAAAAGGGGGAGUGUUACUGUUGAGAAACAAAUUCUACAUAGUCAUGUAUAGGGGAAAGGAUUUUGUUCCCCCAAGUGUUGCAGCUGCUAUAGAAGAAAGACAGGAAAUAACAAAACGGAUAAUGGAUGUUGAUGAAAUGGUGCGAAAGGGACCAUCUAAAUCAAUGCCCCUGGAUAAGUUAACCAAAAAUUUAACCGAACCACCUGAGGCUAAAGUUACGGAAGAGAAACAGAGAAGAUGGCCAGCAACACCACCAACUGUUGGUAAUGAUGGACGUGUGCUAGUUCGUCCUUUGGCACAAUUUUAUAAGGCUCAAGCGCAGCGGGGAAGAGAGCUAACAAAUAUGUCGAAAGAAGCAGGUAGAACAAAGACUGAGAGAGUAAUCAAGCGGCUAGAACAUAAAGUAGCCAUUUCCCAAGCGGGGAGGCUUAAAGCAGAUGAUCAAGAAAUGCUUCUAUCGAAAAAUGCAGCAUCCCGGGUACCUGCUGGUCCAUCUGAUGAUCAAGAAACAAUCACAGAAGAGGAAAGGGUCAUGUAUCAUCAGGUUGGAUUGAAGAUGAAGACACACUUGCCACUUGGCAUUCGUGGGGUUGUUGAUGGUGCUGUUGAAAACAUGCAUCUUCAUUGGAAGCACAGAGAACUUGUGAAGUUAAUUUCUAAAGAAAAGGAACUUGCUUUUGUAGAGGAAAAGGCUAGACUUUUGGAACAUGAAAGUGGUGGAGUUUUAGUUGCAAUAGACCGAGUACCCAAAGGGCAUUCUUUAAUUUUCCACCGUGGGAAAAAUUAUAGAAGACCCAUUAGCAUCCGGCCAAAGAACCUACUAAGGCAAAGGCACUAGCGCCGUGUGGCUUUGCAACAAUAUGAGGCCUCUCACUGCUACUGAAGUGACACUGACAUCUCAAUGGUUUUGAGGGGCAGUGCAAAGAUUGUCGUGCAAUUAGUAGUUCAGUGUUCAUGCACAUACCAUCGCAAUCUCAGUGCCGAAUCUCAUACAAUCCGUUCAGCAUGCGUUGCCAACUAAACCAAUUAACAGCUGCAAGAGGGCCGACGGUAAUAAUCUCAUACAAUCCGUUCAGCAUCCGUUCAUGUGAUUGUGUGUUCAUUGUAAGUAAUGCCCAAAGAGUAUAUUUAUAGAUUAGCUUGUACUUGCCUUCUCUCUUAACAUUUCUGGUAGUGGCAUCAUUUAUUCAACUUGUACCUAUAUCUCUAAGAUAAAUAGAUAGAGAGGGA